CUUAUCAGCGUGCGUCGACUGUUUCUGUCCUUCUGGCUUUCAGCCGUCUGUCGUGAAGGCGAUUCCAAACCGAAUUUUCGUCUGGGCUUUAGUUUAAUUUGCUUGAUUCACCAUGAUAUCGGCCGCGGCAAAAUCGGGCAACCUUGCUCCCUACCUGAAGAACACCAGCCAGGCCGUUGUGUCAACCCUGAAAACGACGACAAAGCCCGUGACUGUGGCCACAGACAAAAUUGUCGUGCCCACAGUGCCCCAGAACAAGACAGAAUUCACCCUUAACUCCACCUUGUGCAGGGGAAAAACCUCUGUCCGAUAUGGAGUUUCAGCCCCUUUCCAGGUCCGGUCCGCCCACACUGAUGUCAAAAUUCCCGACUUCUCGGACUACAGGAAGAGCUCAACACUAGACCCGUCAAAGAAGGCAGAAACUUCUGAAGCAUCGCGCAAGACUUUUGCUUAUGCCUUGGCUGCAUCUGGAUUUGUUCUUGGCACCUACUCUGCUAAGAAUGUUGUGAGCACGUUUGUCACUAGCAUGGCUGCCUCUGCCGAUGUUUUGGCUAUGGCCUCCAUCGAAGUUAACCUUGGUGAUAUCCCUGAGGGCAAGAGUGUUACAUUCAAGUGGAGAGGCAAACCUCUGUUCAUCCGACACAGGAACGCUGCCGAAAUCGCCAAAGAACGUGCUGUUGACCCUGCUUCUCUGCGUGAUCCCCAACACGACUCUGAACGAGUCCAGCAGCCACAGUGGUUGAUUGUAAUUGGUGUGUGCACCCACUUAGGUUGUGUACCAAUUGCUAAUGCAGGUGAAUUUGGUGGGUACUACUGCCCAUGCCACGGUUCUCACUACGAUGCUGCAGGCCGCAUCCGCAAGGGACCCGCUCCCCUCAACUUAGAGAUCCCUCCCUAUGAAUUCAAGGAGAACAACAUGCUUCUUGUAGGUUAAAAUUAUUUAGAAAAUUGUAGUAAAUUGCACACGAACAUCAAAUUAUUCAUAUCUUGCUUUGUUGUUCUUUUGGUAAAUACCUGAGCUGGUCUUGGCAAGUGUUGUCUGUCCCAUUGCUAAUUGCGGAAUUCUGAUAUUAAAAUUUUUGUUUCAUUAUCUGGUCAUUAAUUUAGCAACUUUUUCCACUCUGUAUGGAGAGUGCAUUUCUUUUCUUCCCGGGGUUGUACAUUGAUGUAAAUUGUGUAUGAUUUGGCCGUCCAUCAUGGCCGUUGUUAUGAGGUUUUCUGGAUGAACAGCCGUCUUAUGUGUACAUUGUUUUGGGUCCUCUGCGGUCCCCAAUAAAGGCGAUAACAUUUUAAA